AUGGCUCUUGUCAAGAAAACCUCGGAAGACUACGACGCAGCCAUCCAGCAGUUGAGUCUCACUGGCACAGAAUUUAACGUGGUUGAGGCCGAAUGGAUUAGUGGGUCACAGGUCAGUGCCCGUCGCCCAUGCUGGCCCGACAUCGGCGCCGCUGUCACACACCUUAGCAAGUUCGAGGGCAAAACGGCCUCCACCAUCCGCAUCUAUGGCGAUUGUAUCGAUAGCGCUACGGAAACCCCGGAGAUCUCACUUACCACGGAAACCCAUAUCCUUCUCACAGCGCGACUCUGGUUCCCCUCGGCGACUAAGCCGUUGGAAGUGAAGCUUCCACUCGAUAGCAGUAUCGCCUUCCGAACCAGUGCACUUCCGCCGAACUUUGUGGUCGUUAUCAACGAUGGAAUCAAGACAUAUGAUGCUGAGCAGCCAGCUGACGAGCUCGAUACGCUGGACUACUGGGCUGAACUGACACCGGAUGGGAAAAGUGUCAAAACCCUUGGUCGUCGUAAUGAUAACCUUCCCCGGCUUCUUCAGUACCAGUUCAUUCUAGCGUCGACAUGGAUCCAGACCGAUAUACCAACAACUUAUAGCAUCCUGUCCUUUAUCGCUGGCGCAACUCAAGGGAAUGCUGCAGCACUGGAACUCAAUUUACAAGCUAAUGCACUUGCAGCACGUCUCAGCACCAUGGGUGACGGCUUCUCCGUCUAUGUCCCCUCUCUCGAUCUCGGCGCCUGCAAGAGCGUGCUUAAAGCGCGCCUGGCGGCGGUGCUCGCAUUUGAGAAUAGCUACCAUCGUUUUGUGUCUGAGACUGUGAGGAAGGAAGACGCAAAGACUACAGCGGAAAUUGCACUCGGCCACUCUGCAGAUGUAGAGUCUCAGUACCUGUUUUUGGAGGGGCUUGCAAAAAAGAGGUAUAAGGAUGCGGAGGAGGCGUAUGAGACCGCGAAGAAGAGAUUUAAUAAACUGCAAAGUGAGCUUGAUGGCCUGGCGAAGGCAUUUAAUGCAGGUGUAGAAAAGUGGAAGCAGAGUGAGAAGAACAAACUUAUUGGCGAGGCCAUCAUGUCAUUGGUGACAGUAACGGCGAGUCUUGUUGUCGCCGUUGUAGUCCCACCAGCGGGCGCCGCCGGAGCAGCAGCAGGCGCAGGGGCCGCAGCAAACGCAAUCAAAAACAUCGCUGAAGGGACCAGCAAAUUUCAGAAACUCAUCCAAGGCAUCAAAAAGAUUGCAGAGCUUAUUGAAAAGCUACAUGAGGCCCUUGAGAAGAUCAAGACUAUUGUUGAUAGUACAGCAGCCAUCGUGAAGGCACUUUCCUCAAAGGUUGAGACCGGGCCUAAGAUCCCAGAAGUUCCAUCGAGCAAGACGGACGAUGUGAUCAACGUUGCAGCUGAGUGGGACUCAUACGCGGUAGAUGUCAAGAUGGUUUUUGAUCCUAUGGCUGAGAACGACAUCGAGGGCUAUGUCGAAUACUACUCUGCUCUGCAGAAACUUCCCAUCUUAGGCAAAGCAAUCCUUGCAGCUCAGACAGCCUACAUCACCACCGGAGAUACCCUCACUCGUGUGGUACUUCAACAGCGGGUGGCUAACCGCCAUACUGGCCGCCUUAGGUCAGCUAUCACCAAUAUCGCCGCCGAUGAGCAUGUUCUGUCUAUCGUACAGAGAGCAAUGUUUGAGCGCCUCUUGUCAGCUCGGACAUGGGUGGCUGUGGACUUCCACGGGUAUCUCGCAGCGUACACAUAUUUCUCUCUCAAUCGCACCCCACCCAUUAAGAUAGCGGCCACGAAGCCAGCGCCGUAUUAUGUCGACGAUGCGGCAAGGCUUCAGGGCGCCGUUGCAUCGGUGCGCGCAGAGCUUAGGAGCCAAGAACGAACGUUCAAAUUUACAGAAGAAUCGUGUGGAGCCGACUGGAAGAGUCGAUUGAAGGGAGACAGAGCUAUAUCGUUCACUGUUGACAUCACGAACGCAAUGUUCUCGAGGUUUGCUCGUGUUCGCGUGUCACGUGUUAGGUGUUACCUUACAGGCGCCACAACCACCGGCGGUUCAACAAUUGAUCUAGAGAUCAGCUCCGCAUCUCGCUUCAGGGAUAUCGAUAUUGCCCCGCCGUACGAGGCCAUUGAGUUUGUCGGGGAAACCGCACCAAGAUCCUUUGAGUAUGAAGCGAACGGUGAACGGAUUGUGACGGAUGGGGUGUACAUUGAUGCCGACCAGUAUAGUCGACCAGCGCUGUUUACAACAUGGAAUGUCAAUGUGCUAGAUGACGCAGUGAACUUGGAGGGAGUGAGCGGCAUCCGUUUUGAAGUGAAUUGUGAGGUAUCCAGGAGAUAG